AUGAAUAUCCCACAAACCAAUGACAUCAACUCCAUCAUGGUUGCUGCACUCAGACAAGUAAUAACCGGCGGCAACGACGGUUUUGUGAUUGAACAGAGUCUGCAGGAGCAAGAAGUAUGCCGCCACUGUGGAAUGCGAACUCCAGACUGUUUAGGGUGUGAGUUUUUUCACUAUGGUGGCAGCGGAGAAGAGAGGAGAAGACGAAAGAAUGAGUAUAGAGGGGUUAGUUUACGGCCAUCGGGAAAAUGGGCAGCGGAGAUAAUGGUUCCCGGGAAAGAGCGAAAGUGGCUGGGGACUUUCGCGACGGUGGAAGAGGCGGCGAGAGCUUACGACAUUGCGAACCUCCGGUAUCGAGGAAAGUCUGCGAAGACGAACUUUCCGGUGGAGGAGUACCCGGAGAUUCAACCGGAAGAAAGUGGUGAUGUGAAAGAAGAAGUUUUAAAGAAAAGACGAAAAAAGGAGUUGAGAGGAUAA